AUGACAUUUAGUGCCCAGAACUCUCAUUCAGGCAAUCCAUUUAAAAUUAAUUGUAGAAAAAUUUGGUUUAAUGUAUCAGAAAUAUCAGAAAAGGAAAAUAUUAUGACAGCAGAAUUGCGACUAUAUCGAGAUUUGGAUAAAAAUAUUAAACCUAAUGAGGCAUAUAACAUAACAAUAUACAGGUAUGCUCACCUAGUUCUGGAUUCUGUUGAUGUCCUUUGGAUAUUCCAGGAGUACGAGAUAAACGAGGAGCGGGAUUUGGUGUUAUUAAACCAUUAUCUUCAAUUUUAA